AAACCGAUAGACUUGAGAGAGUGUAGGUUUCCAAUGACCUUGCCGACUAUCUACGAAAGCAUCCGGUUAGGUGUAGGUCGGGGAUUUUGGGUAUCUGAGUUGGCCAUGGCCAGUUGCAAUUCGAUGUCUGAACUGUGAGCCAGUGAAAACAUAGAUAAGUGUCUUAAUUCUCAAGACGGCUUACAGACUUCAUGAGCAUGGUGAAGAGUUCAUCUUAUGCUUCGGCACGACCAAAGGAUCAUCAGCUGUACCAUCGAGAUGCGCGUAUCAUUGUCUUCGCACAUGGAAACGGCUGAGCCGACGCUCGAGUUUGAGGAUACCUUAUCAACAAGGCAUGUGUAGUGUCCUACUCGUUUCGUUCAUGUCGUGAAUUUCUCAAAAGUACCUUGAAGAUUCUGCAUCCCAUUCAUCUCUUUCAUGUCUCACCAAAUAGAGUGAACAAAAAGACCUAGCAGUCUACAAAACACCAGAGCUCCAUGCCAUUGUCUUUUGAGGCACUAUCUCCUCGUAUGCAGACUUCAAUGCUUCCCAAAGUCAUCACCCUCUCCACCACCAUCACCAAUCGCCAAAGACGCCGAGCCCUCCAUCGCAAACCCAAACACACGCGCAUACCACCCCUGAGACCAAUAACUCAUCUCGAUAUUAUGCGGCGCCCCCGGGAUCACGCUCCCCUCCACCCUCCGACUCUUCCUAAACGCCGCAACAUACUCCCUCACAUCCUCCUCCCUCGACAACCACAGCCCGUCCCGUCCCGCAAGCCCAAUCAACACCGGCACCGUAAUUCGCCCCGCAAACUUGUCCUCCCAGUUCGCCAGCCACUUCCCGCGCAAAUCCGCCAUCUCGCGGUACGGCAUCGGGCGGUCCAGGCGUGCCGUGUGCGUCAGCAUCGCCGGUUCCGCCGUACCCGGCGGGAACAUGAGCGCGUCCUUUGCCGCGUGCGGGAAGUGCACGUGUGACGGGGGCGGGUCAUCUGUCGGCGUAAAGUCCCCUGUGCGGCAGUUUUUGACUGCGUUGCCGAAGCCUGAGAUGGUGACGGCGGCGAGCGGGUAGGCGGGGGAUGUCUCCUCGGACCAGAGCGCCGCUGCGACGCAGGCGCCUGGCGCACCGAGGGAGUGACAGUGCAGCGCGAUGGAGGUGCAUCCGUUCGGCAUGGCGAAUUUAUCCCAGAGGGCCGGGAGGAUGUCGCGGUGGAGCGUGGUGCCCCAUUCCUCGUAGAAGGAGGAUGACGCGGGGAUGUCGUCGCCGACGGGGGUGGUGUCGUUGUACCCCUGACGAUCGAGGGCGAUGAAGGGCACGCCGGUGGCAGCGCUGGUGUGGCGGGCGGUGUAGGUGUCGUCGACGUCGAAGUAGGCGCCCGAGUAGGUGCCGCCGUGGAGGCCGACGAUGAGGGGAGGGUGAGCCGGGCGGAGCGGGUUGGAGGCCGUCGGGGACGGGAUGCUGUGGAGCCCGGAGACGGUCUUGCCGCCCGGGAGGGUGAGUUUGAAGGCUUCCAUUGUGCUGCUGCGUUGCUCCGUACAGGUACGGAUACGAGAAGGAGACAACUCAUGCAGGGAAACUUAAAUGGAUUGAUGCAGGGAGCAUUUAGAUUUAUGUUCUACCUUGCUCUGCACUCAACGACCUUACGUCGCAUCGCCUCUGGGCUAGCUUCACCAUCCACGGUGAAAACUGGUGGGGGUUAGUGCCCCUGGGCUUUUCUCGGCUGAUAAUGGCGGCGACAUGGUUGUCUGGUUUCGGCAUUUAUGAUUCGAUUGUAAAGAAAAAGUAGUGGGCGAUGGCGCCAGUAGUCUGCCCCCUCGAGACCCCAAAGACCCCGUCCGCGGUCUCCAAAGGCGUCCGAGUUUGCAACCGCAGACUCCCGUCUAUUCCGGAUCGAGGCCCAUUAAGGAGACCAUAUGCUUACUUAUAAGCUACCAGCCGUGCCAUCGUAAAGGCUUCCGCGGUUCUCCUCGGUCUAGUUUGCCCCGCCUCGGGGAUUACCCAUCCGUCCAUUCCACAGUUUCUCAAAAAGCUCCUCCCGAGCUCCCUUCCAUCGACGCAUCUCACGCCAUUUCAACUCACCGUCUUCCUUUCGCGCUUUGGGGUUGAAGAACUGAAAGGUUCUACCACAAGACAAUGGCAGACAGCCCAGCCGCACCAGCGGCACCUAAAGACGCCUCGGAUCCCUCCCCUGGGAUAUCAACACCAGCGCAACCGCCAGCCACAUCCUCAACACCAGACACCGCACCCGCCGCACCCACCGCAAACCCCACUGCAUCGCAACCUCACGAUGCUCACAGCUCCACCACAACAUCAGCACCCGCACCAGCGGUCCCUGGUACCCCAAUCCCAGCCGACGAUCACCUCACCCCAGCCCCAGAACUAACCCCCGACCCGACCUCCCCGGGCCCAGACGACGGCUACGCAAGCGGGACCGAAUCCGGCUCCUCGCGGGCGUCGACGUCGCUGGCCUCCCACGUGCGCGACUACAGCUUCGAGAACCGGCGGCGGUACCACCGCUACAAGGAGGGCCAGUACCACUUUCCCAACGACGACGACGAGCAGGAGCGCGAGGACAUGAAGCACACCAUGGUCGUCCACCUCUGCGGCGGGCAGCUGCACAGCGCGCCGCUGAAAAACCCGCAGCGGAUUAUCGAUGUUGGGACGGGGACAGGGAUAUGGGCUAUUGAUAUGGGCGACGAGUACCCCGAGGCCGAAAUCAUCGGCGUGGACCUGAGUCCGAUCCAGCCCGAGUUCGUGCCGCCCAACGUCCGGUUCAUGGUCGACGACGCCGAGGUGGAAUGGGUCUACCCGGACAACCACUUUGACUUUGUCCACCUCCGCAACAUGGCCCCCUCUAUCAAAAAAUGGCCGGAGCUGUUCGCCGAAGCAUAUCGCGUCACAAAACCAGGCGGCUGGAUCGAACUCCAAGAAAUGCGCUGGGUCUACGGCUGCGACGACAACACCAUGCCCCCAACCUUUGCCCCCGUGAAAAUGGUCGCCAACAUCAAAGAGGCCCUCGCCAAGCUCGACGUCAAGAUGAACGCGGCCGAACUGUACCCCGCGCACGUCGCGGCCGCGGGCUUCGUCAACCUGGCGCACGAGGUGAAGAAGGUGCCGGUGGGGCCGUGGGCCAAGGACGACGACCUGAAGAAGAUUGGGGAGUACUGCCGCGCGGCGAUCUAUGAUGGGUUGCAUGCUAUUACGAUUGGGCCGUUUACGAGGGGUCUGGGGUGGACGCCUGAGGAGGUGGAGGUUUUCCUGAUCGAGGUGAGGAGGGAUUUGUUGGAUCGGAGUGUGCAUUCGUAUGUGCAUUUUCAUACUCUUGCUGCGCAGAAGCCGCUUGAUGGGUGACGGUGUGAGUAUGGGGCGUGGGAUGAGUGAGAUGUUCUCGUACGAAGGUUCUGAGUGUGGUAUCGAGGUUGUAUGAUAAUCCCGAGUUAUGGCAGGAAUGGGUCUGGAACGAUGAAGGGAAGACAUCAGAGAGAUUGAGUAUAGCAUAAGCCUUGCAUUGGAUCUUUACAUACCUUCUGUGAGACUCUCGUUGUUUACUGAGGAACGAUGCCGGGCGUGAC